AUGCCACCAGAGAUGGAAAGCAUGCCACCAGAGACGGAAAGCAUGCCACCAGAGACGGAAAGCAUGCCACCAGAGACGGAAAGCAUGCCACCAGAGACGGAAAGCAUGCCACCAGAGACGGACAGCAUGCCACCAGAGAGGGACAGCAUGCCACCAGAGAGGGAAAGCAUGCCACCAGAGACGGAAAGCAUGCCACCAGAGACGGAAAGCAUGCCACCAGAGAGGGAGAGUAUGCCAAUCAUCUCCUUAAUAACCCAUCAAAGCCGUGUCUCCAAGCAUCUUCCUCCCAUCUCAACUUUGAACACAUCUAGGAACCUCUCCACCCCCCUAUCCACCUAUAACAACCCUUCCACCUCCCAUCCCAUAUCCUACACGCCCCUACACCUCCCCCAUCCCAUCCGCAAGCAUCGUCCGCCCGCCUGGCCUAAGAGCCUCCGGAGGAAGCGAUAA